UCUCUCUCUCUCUCUCUCUCUCUCUCACACUCUCUCUCUCUCUCUCUCACUCUCUCUCCGCUGUAACUUUCCUCCUCCGGAUCCUGAACUCCGUCUCUCUCCCACCUGCGCAGUUCGGAGCUGCCAUGAAUCCCGCCGCCGCGUUUCCGAUCUUGAUCUCCGCGCUGCUGCUGCCCGCCCACGGCCUCUACAUCGCCAGUAGCCUAGAUUCCCUGCAGCACGUGCUGGGGGACUAUGGACUGGUGAGGCCCGUGUUGAGCGAUGCGCACGGCCGCUUCUUGUCGCACGCGGUAUCGGCAGGCGCAGCACGCGGGCAGUUCCGUAGGCGCUGGCGAAGAGAGGCGGAAACGGUCGACGAGCCGCGAGGAGACGGUGAGAGGCUCUACUACAACGUCACCGUCUUCGGCCGGGAGUUCCAUCUGCGCCUGCGCCCCAACACGCGCCUGGUGGCUCCCGGAGCCAAGAUGGAGUGGCAGACGCCGGACGGCACGCGCUCGGAGGCGCUAAACACCGACUGCAUGUACGUGGGCGACAUCACGGACGUACAAGGAGCCUCGGUGGCCAUCAGUAACUGCGACGGCCUGGCGGGGAUGAUCCGAACCGAGAAGGAGGAGUUCUUUAUCGAGCCGGUGGAGACGGGACAUCAUGUGAUGGAGCAGGAGGAUGGUGGCGGCGGUCGUCCUCACAUCGUGUACCGCUCUGCUGCCGUGAAGAAGCCUCCAACCAGCCAGCUAGCCGCAGACCUUCAUUCCAGAGGUGCUGAUCUUGGAGGUCUACUGGAUCUGGAGACUCUGUAUGAAGGAGUAGAGCGGAGUGCGAACCAGAGCCGGAGAACUCGCCGUCAGUCUCCCGAGCGAGCAUACAACAUUGAGGUGCUGCUUGGGGUUGACGAUUCGGUGGUGCAGUUCCAUGGAUCGCAACACGUCGAGAAGUACCUGCUUACGCUCAUGAACAUUGUGAAUGAAAUCUACCAUGACCGUUCUCUGGGAGCGCGGAUCAACGUGGUUCUGGUACGGAUUGUCUUGGUGGAUGCCAAAAAGUCCACGAAUCUGAUCGAGCUGGGAAACCCGUCUCAGAGUCUGGAGAACGUGUGCCGCUGGGCGUUCGAGCAGCAGAGGAAAGACACUAAUGAUAAAGACUACCAUGACCACGCCAUUUUCCUUACACGCCAAGAGUUCGGACCAACAGGGAUGCAGGGUUACGCUCCGGUGACUGGUAUGUGCCACCCAGUCAGAAGCUGCACUCUGAACCAUGAGGACGGCUUCUCCUCCGCCUUCGUAGUGGCCCACGAGACCGGUCAUGUGUUGGGAAUGGAGCAUGAUGGUCAGGGGAAUCGAUGUGGGGAUGAGGUGCAGAUGGGCAGCAUCAUGGCUCCCCUGGUGCAGGCCGCCUUCCACAGGUUCCGCUGGUCCCACUGUAGCCAACAGGAACUGGGCCGCUAUUUACACUCGUAUGACUGCCUGAGAGACGAUCCAUUUGAGCACACAUGGGAGGAGUUGCCCCAGCUGCCAGGCCUGCACUACUCCAUGAAUGAACAGUGUCGCUUUGACUUCGGCGCCGGAUACAUGAUGUGCACAGCGUACCGGCCCUUUGACCCAUGUAAGCAGCUCUGGUGUUCUCAUCCCGACAAUCCCUUUUUCUGCAAGACCAAAAAAGGACCUCCGAUUGAUGGCACGAUAUGUGGGGACGGCAAGCACUGCUUUAAAGGACGCUGUGACUGGCUGAGUCCAGCCUUCAUAAAGCGAGAUGGAAACUGGGGCAUGUGGAGUGAGUACGGUGCCUGCAAUCGGCCCUGCGGCAGAGGACUACAAUUCCGCACUCGUGAUUGUGACGAUCCACGUCCUGCCAAUGGCGGACGCACCUGCCCAGGAUCAAACUAUCAGUUCCGGGUGUGUAACACUCAUGAGUGUGAGGACCCGUACCGGGACUACAGGGCCGAGCAGUGCAGCUCCAUGGACAGCAAAUUUGAGCAUCACGCAAUGAAACACCACUGGCUGCCUUAUGAGCACCCUGACCCUAAACAGCGCUGCACAUUGUACUGCCAGUCCAAAGAGACACGAGUGGUGGUGAAUAUGCAGGAGCCGGUGGAACCAGGCAGUCGCUGCUCCUACAAAGACCCCUACAGUGUGUGUGUGUAUGGCGAGUGCGAGAAAGUGGGCUGUGAGAACGUGGUGGGUUCACCGCUUCUGGAAGACAAGUGCGGUGUGUGUGGGGGGGAUGGAACCAAGUGCAAGACUCACAGGUUCAACUUCACCUUCAGUGAUAAGAAAGGUGUCAUCAAAGUGCUUGAAAUUCCUAAAGGAGCGAGGCAUCUGCUUAUCCAGGAACUCAACGGAACAGCUAAUAUUUUGGCUGUGAAGAACAAAGCAACCGGUGAUUUCUUCCUAAACUCUCAUGGAGAUUACCCAGAAACCCGUUCGGUCAUCGAGAAAGGGCUUGAGUGGCAGUAUGAGAACAAGAAUUACAAAGACACCAUUCAGACCAACGGACCUCUGAAGAAUGAGGUCGUUAUCAUGAUUCGGAUGCACAGCUCAGCACGGGCGAAGGUGUCGAUCAAAUACAUUACCGACUUUGACCGACUGAGCGACAGAGCCAACGAGAACAACAUGGUGCCUGACAAUGCAGUACCCUACUCCUGGGUGGUUAAGAAGUGGACCCCAUGCUCCAAAACCUGUGGGACAGGCACGCAGAUGACACGCUACGGUUGCCGUAAGAACGCUGAGAUGAGGCUGGUGCACCGGCGCUUCUGUGAGAAAAUCAAAAAGCCUUCUGUAAUUUUCAGGGACUGCUACUUACGAGAAUGCGCUCAGCCCAUCUGGGUGACUGGAGAUUGGGGUGAGUGCAGUAAGUCCUGUGGUAGGUUUGGGACUCAGACACGCUCAGUGCGCUGCGUCCAGCCGCUCAAAGACGGAAAGUUCAAAUCGAUCCGGAGUCGAUACUGCAACGAUGAACGUCCUGAGGCGAGACGCGACUGCAACCGCAUGCUCUGUCCUGCUGAGUGGAAACUGGGGCCGUGGUCACAGUGUUCGGUGACGUGUGGCAAAGGGACUCAAGAGAGGCAGGUGCUUUGUCAUACUCGCGACAACACCAUCGGUCUGUGUUUGGAAUCCAAACCUCUGGCACUGAGAUCCUGCAGCAUGGACCCAUGCCCAAAGGGCAUGUCGGACUUUAACAAGCAUGGCAACUUCCUGAUUCAGUGGCUGUCACGCCAUGACGCUAAAUACCCGGUGCAGAGGUUCUCAAGCUCACAGUGCCGCACUGACCGCUCCAUGUUGUGCAAGAUGGCGAUGCUCCAGCAGUAUUGCAAGAUACCUGCUUUCCAGCGCAUCUGCUGCAAAGCCUGCAGCGCUGCCAACACGACAAGCAUUGCUCCACCGAUGGGUCAUCCACUAACGACACCAAGAUUAAGCACCAGAAACCACGGUUUCACUAUGACAACCACAAGACCUGCAUCUGCGACAUUGACACUGACAAGAGCCACUACAGAGAGCAUUUCAUAUACAGAAUAUAACACCUGGGAACAUACAAUCCUUACAACAGGUACCAAGGUAGAGGCUACAACUCCAAACGUUCCCAUAAACACACCAAGCAACUUCUUGACAGAGCCAAACACACCUACGCCAAUCGCCAUGACAACCCAGACUUCAAGUCCUAAAGUUACCUUGUCCAUUAUAGAUGAUGCGAUACAAAACACAGCAGUCAACACUGAUACAGAAAAGAGUAGGGUUACUGGACUGAUUGACGUAGAUGUCACUUUGGUGACCAGCCCCACUGCUGAGUUUGAUGAAUCCCAAGUUGGCAGUGGUGCCCACCCUGGAACGACGGUCCAAACCAGUGGGGAUGAUGAGUUAAGCACUUCAGGCUGGCAUGAGACAGAAACAGUCACCAACACCAGUAUGACGCUUAUAUUGACAACACUAAUGCCAACUUUUGAAGAGAAGUCAACACGUGAAGAAAGUAUUGAACCAUCAUCCAUCAUGACAACGUCAUCCAUUACAAAGCCAACCACAGUGACAAUGACCACACCAGUACCAACAGUAGAGAAGCUGACAACAACCAGGCCAGCCAUCAAGGAGGAGGAAAACAAUGCCAUUGAGGUGCCUUCCCAAAUUAGUGGCGUGGACAGCGAGUUCCCCGAGAACAACAUCAUUCCAAGAAGAGGGCGCGUCUUCCUGAGGGAACGAACACGCAACAAGCGGAUCCAGGAGCUUCUUGAGGAAAAAAGGAACUUUUUACGCCGAAUGAAACGAGCUCAGGGCUUUUAAAGUCUGCUUUCUCUUAUAGAGAGAUACGGCAAUGCUACUUUUAACUCCAUACUCCAUUUUGGUGCUGGGGUCAAGAACUGGAGAAAGGGCCUGUGUGCUUCCCACAUUCACUUUACAUUACAGGGCAAACUGAACUUUGUGGAGCCAAAACCACUAGCAAAUGUUUGCACAGUAGCUUUGAGCACAAAAUACGUUUGGAGCAUUUCUUUAAAGGGACCUCAGGUUUAAAGUGUUUGUUUUAUUUGUUUAGGUGGCCUACAAAAUGAGAGGUCACAGGUUCAUGUGAUUCAAAUAUGGGUAAUUAAAUAGAUAAAAAUAAAAAAUAUGGGUAAUAAAACUACACUAUAUGGACACCUGGCCGUCACACCUGGCCGUUGUGUGGGCUUUCCCCAAAGUCAGAAGCACGCAAGGGUGAGUUGUGGAUUCCACCACUUAAUGUAAAAAUCUUGGCCCCCCUGGAAAUGUUUCAUUGACCCUUGACCCCCUGGACUCCACUUUGAGAAAAACUGCUCUAUAUUAAUAUACAGUACCAAUAAUAUUCGUUUUGCUCCCGUCUAGAGCAUGCAUGUAACCACGUUGGUCUAAAAACGAACCCUAACCAUGCACAUCACGUUUCUUACAAUUGUUUAUUCCAGUAAUGACAAAUGAAAUUGUGGGUAUUCGAUGUUGGGUUUGUUUUAGAAUAAGGCAAUACUAUUUAAUUUAAGGUGCUAAACAGAUGACAAUAAACUCACACGUAACAAACUACAGAUUUUGCCACAUAGAGACCUGGCCACUUAGGGAAUUUGGGAAUUAGUAGGAAAGAAAACCAACACAUCCUUCAACAUAAACAUCAAAAUAUUCAGUAUUACCAUUCAAAAAAAAAUUCAAUUCAUAUCAUUCCACUUGGCAAAACACUGUAUUUAUUCUAAAUUCAAAUGAACCAUGACAAGUGGUUUACUUUUACCAAUUGGUUGUCUGACGUGUAAAAAUCAGGGACUCGCCGUUUUUUACUAUGGGUUUCAUCUUUCACGCUUGUCCAUGUGCACCUCCUGUUAAAUUGUCUCAAGAAGCUGCUGUAUAUAUAUA